AUGCAAGUUGGCAUUCUCAGCCUGCUGCUGCGCUCGGUCCUGGUGCUUGCGUUCCCGCCUUGCGUGCUAAGCAAGUACGCGCUGUUCGUUUACGGUGGCAUGUGGCCUUGGCAUCACCGAUGUGGGUAUGACAGCUACAGCAACACGGCAACACACCAAGCAGAACAGCAAUGCCACCAUUUUGAUUGUUAUUCUGCGGGUCGGUGGUCUCAGCCUGCUGCUGCGCUCGUUCCCAGCAUUCAUGUUCUCGCCUUGCACACUGAGCAAGUGUGGGUAAAGCAGUUGGAUGGGGAGGUGUUUGUAGCAGGUCUCAGCAAGGGUGGCACAGGCAAUGGUGAAGGAUUGUUGAGUGCGGGUCAGGGUCAUGGUUUUGCCACAUUGAAGGACCAGGGACUGGAAGGCAGAUUGGUGAUAUUGCUCGUAUCCAUGGUCAAGAUAGUGUAUUGA